GGAAGACACAUCGACGCUCGUUGCGUUUUGCCCAGAUCUCAAAACAUAUUGAUGGGCUACUCACCGCGUUUUUAGACGACUCUAACCCCGGCGGGUCAUUUGAAACACAGCGCUGUGUUUAUCAGUUGCGAAACAGCAACCGCUCGUCUUUACUCACUGCAGACAUGGCUGACAAGACGCCUCCAGAGUCUGAAGCUCGCUAUGCAACCAGGGUUGAUCCGGCCAAAGAACAGCUUUCUCAGGAGCAGUUGCACUUCAUCAGGCAGGUGGAGCUCCAACAGUGGAAGAAGAAAACGACAAAGCUCCGUACACGAAACGUGGUGACAGGGCUCGCCAUCGGAGCGCUCGUAGUGGGCAUCUACGGCUACACAUUUUUUUCAGUCUCCCAGGAGCGAAUCAUGGACGAGAUCGACGAGGAGGCCAAGCGUGCGAGGAUGCAGGGACCAAAGACCGGAGCCAACUGAGACAAGCGCGCGUUGUCCUGCCCGUUGUUGGACUGUCCUGCACUCAACCCGAGGGGCGACUUGUGACGCCGCUCAUUCGUGUUCCUGGCUGCUGAAGAUUUAUGUUGAGACAAAACCGAACUUUUUAAUCUUGAGGGUGACUGUGUCGUUCUUCUGCUGACUUGAAAAUAGAUUCGAUUAAGCCUCCCGUCAGUACAGAGGACUAAUCCACUGACCUCGACAUGACGUCCAACGGCCUGGACUGUAGGUUAAUUAGCUGAACUUUCCAGCCACGAUCAUGUAAUGUGCAUUCAGUAUGAAGUGAGUAUAGCAAACAAAUAUCAGUCAGCUGUCGACUUUAAAACUACAGUGGCCUUCAACUAAACAGAAUGCCAGUAACACUGCAGAAAUGACUCAUAAAGUACUUAUUAUUUAUGCUGAAAGUGAUGAUUUGUAAAAUAAAAGUCAGAUGUAUUAGA